CUUUCCAACCCUAAUUUCCUAACCCUAUUCAUUUCCCUUUCUCACUCAUGUAGCACACCUCAUAGGCCUCCCCUUCUUGCUUCUGCGGUUCUUCCUCACUCAUUCUCACAACCUCACCUUCGACUUUCCCCUUCCUUUUUGGCUUCUACUACUACAGAUCUGCUUUAAUUUCUCAAACGAGAAACGAGCAUUAUGUUUUAUUUGGUGGGGACUCCAAAUACCGCAAAAACCUAUCAUUCUCCACGGCCAUCACUGACGCCUCCACCUGAGAAAUUGAAAAUUCCCCAGAUCCGCUGUCUUCUUCCUCCCCUGCCGCCGGUUGCUGCUGGGUGUGAGCUUCGGUUUUCCUGUCCCCGCGAAAGCCUCCAAUUUUUUCGCCAGCUCUUCCCCAUACCCGCCAGCUCCAGCCUUGCUUGCUGAGGAUUUCUGGUAGGUUGGCUUCUCUAAUUUCUGAAAAAUUGGUUGAUUAAUUACUACCUUGUUGAGCUUAAUUGGUUGUAUGGGUGCUUGGGUUGUCCGAAAAUCUGCUGGAAGUGGGGGAUGAAUUUUGGCAGCCAUGAAAUGAGUUUUUAAGUCUAAUUAUGUAGGAAAUCCUUUAAUUGAGCUGCUGUGAUGUUGUAUGAAAGAAAAAGAGGAAAAUUCC